GUGAGAAGUCAUUGGGCUUGUGCCAGUUUACCCAGAGUUUGCCAGCCGCAAUGAGUGAGGCUCGGGAGUUGUUCCUGCGGGCUCGGGGAAGGACUUUUACUUCUUUUAACGAAGAUGCAGAAUCACAGUGGAAAGGCCCCUUCUACUUUAUACAAGGAGCAGAUCCACAGUUCGGCCUUAUGAAAUCUUGGGAAAUUGGUGAAUGUGAUUAUGGAGGAGAUGAAUGGGAGCAGGAGAUCAGAUUAACUGAAGAAGCCGUGCAGGCCAUUAAUAAGCUAAGCCCCAAACCAAAGUUCUUUGUACUGUGUGGGGACCUCGUUCAUUCAAUGCCGGGAAUAGAAUGGAAAGAAGAUCAAGAAAAAGAUCUGAAAAAUGUUCUUCAGAAAACUCACCAAGAUAUUCCGUUGGUGUUUGUCAGUGGUAAUCAUGACAUAGGCAAUGCACCAACCCCUGAAACAAUACAGGCAUUCUGUAACAGUUGGGGAGAUGACUACUUCUCUUUCUGGGUUGGUGGAGUUUUCUUUCUUGUUCUCAACUCUCAGCUGUUCUUUGAUGCGUCCAAAUGCCCGGAACUUAAAGAACGCCAUGACCGUUGGCUUGCCUCUCAACUAGCCAUAGCCGAGGAGCGGAAGUUUAAACAUGCAAUUGUGUUUCAGCACAUUCCUCUCUUCCUCCAGAAAGCAGAUGAAGAUAAUAACUAUUUCAACAUUGAGAAGUCUCUCCGACAGGAGUUAUUGCAAAUGUUUCAUAAAGCAGGUAUCAAUGCCGUAUUCUCUGGACACUAUCACAGAAAUGCUGGCGCCAAGUACAAUGAUCUGGAUAUGGUGGUGACAUCAGCCAUUGGCUGUCAGUUUGGAAAAGACACACAUGGCCUUCGGGUGGUUGUUGUCACAGAAGACAAGAUUGUGCACAAAUAUUAUAGCUUAAAUGAACUCAAUGCCAAUGGGCUUGACCAGGAGCUUGUGGACUUACUUAAACAGAAAUAAUAUUGUAUAGUUUAGUUUUUGAGAACUAGUCUACACACAUUCUGUUUUAUUUCACCAGUGCCCAUGCAGAUGCAUAGCUCCCAAUAUGCUCAUUUUAAAAAAAAAAUGACAGGCCAUGUUCUGAUCCACUCAACAGAGCUCCAUAUUCCCACUCACCACAUUACCAUAUCCCUGCCAUAAAGCAGGACUGUCUUAGAAAAUGUUGACUUUUUGGGAGGUAUGCACUUGCUUUUCAUGUGAUGAGUGGAACUGCAAGAUUUGAACUGUUUUUUUUAACAUAAAAUCUACUUAAUAAAAUAUCAUUACACUGUUACUGUAACAGUGUACAAUUCAUAAUAAUCCAGUUUUCAGUUCAUGAAUAGUAGAGGGGAAAUUUCCUUAAUAAAAUAUGGAAGUAACUAUCACAAUACUUUGUAUUUCUAAAAUCAUUUUUUUCUUCUAUGUUUGACUACAACGGCGGUGUUGAUCCUGAGGGUCCCUGGGAGAUUAUUUUGGGGGUACAGAUCUCUUUUAAGAUGAUUUAUCUAUUUUUAAAUAAAAGCCCACUUUAUUA